CUUAGAGGUUCGUUUGAUUGCUAUUACCCUUAUCAUUUUAAGGUGUCUAAAAUGUAUAUAUUGUGUAGUGCCCUUCCCGCCAUGUACCCAUCAACGCAUCAAUGCAAUGCAAGAUGACUCUCAACAUCACAGCCAACUAAAUUUACUAGUCUUGUGCAGUUGUGCUACCCAUUUUCCCCGGUAAUGUGACACUAGUGCUCAAAUAAUUUCAUAAAAUACAACUGUUAUUUUACAUUAACCAUAAACUCUAUAAAAACCUCCAUAAUUAACCUUCCUAGCCAAACACCAUCUCAUCGCUUAGCAUUCUUCUCUUAAACAAACAAAAAAAAUUCAAGGCAACAAAAAUAUGCCUAGUAGCCGCAAUCAAAUGUCGCUCAUCUCCAUUACUAUCUUCCUCCUCCUCCUCUCCUCGACAUUAUCGGCCGAAAAAUGUCACCCCGACGACAAGAAAACCCUCUUUAAGAUCAAAAAAGCCUUCAACAAUGCCUACAUUUUCGCCUCAUGGACUAACGACACAGACUGUUGUCAAUGGUACAUGGUCAAAUGUGACAGAGUCACUCACCGCAUCUACUCCCUUACCGUCGAUAAAGACGAUAAGGUUUCGGGUCCUAUCCCUGAUGCGGUGGGUGACCUCCCUUACUUAGAGAUCCUCAGAUUCAUUAGACUCCCUAAGGUAAUCGGUCCAAUCCCACACGCGAUUUCUAAGCUUAAAAACCUAACUAACUUAUGGCUUAGCCACAACAACCUCACCGGUCCAAUCCCUGACUUUUUUAGUCAACUUCCUAAGUUAACCUGGAUCGACCUCUCCGUUAACAAACUCACCGGUCCAAUCCCGCCUUCAUUAUCAUCCCUACACAAACUCAACCUACUCAUUUUAGAGCGUAACCAACUCCAAGGACCCAUCCCCGAGAGCUUCGGAGAGUUUAAGAAUAUCCCAAAUUUUUACCUUAGGUUAGCCAAGAACCAACUUUCGGGACCGAUCCCGAGAUCUCUCGGAGCGAUUAGCUUCAUGGGUAUAGAUUUUUCGAGAAACAUGUUUACGGGUGAUGCUUCAGUGAUUUUUGGGAAGAACAAGGAGGGAUUACUAUGGAUUGAUAUUUCAAGGAAUAAGUUUUCUUUUGAUUUUACAAAAGUAAGGUUUCCUAAGAGCUUGAGUAAUCUUUUAAUGAGUCAUAAUCAAAUAUAUGGAAGUCUUCCACCUGCAUUAGGAAAGUUGCCAAUGUUGCAGUUCUUUAAUGUGAGUUACAAUCGGUUGUGUGGUAACAUUCCAACCGGAGGCCAGUUGCAACAGUUUGACCAGUACUCUUAUGCUCAUAACAAGUGUUUGUGCGGCUCUCCCUUGCCUCCUUGCUAGUAAAACACCGGCAUUUUAUAUUUAGUUGUCAUACUGCUGGUUUGAAUUACGUUGUUAAUGUAAUGGAGUUAGUAAAUGUCUCGAAUAAUCGAGCUAUACCUAGUCCAAUGGCUAUAUAAUUAUAGUUUAGAGGCCGAAUUUGGAAUUUGUUGUUCAUUUCUUAACAACUUUGUCGUACUACAUGUUACAUACUCCCUAGUCCGAACUCUAUAUAAAAUUGUGCACAUCUUUCAUCCUUUGAAAUAAGUAAAGUACUUGUAGUUUUUAGUAGUGUAGGAUGAGCUAGGUGGUGGGCCUGGUGGCUGUUCGAUCUUGAUGAAAAACAUAGUGAAGGUUGGAGUUUGGUUAUUAUGAAUUCACCUUAAAAUCCGUUACUACAAAAUCCAAACAAGCUUGAAGCUUCCCAUACCUCUUAGGCAAUAUUCUCUUUCAUAUCU